AUGAAUGAAUCCCCUGAGGGAAUUUUCUUGUCAGUCAUCUAUCUCCCGAGUUAUGGCAUUUUCCUUUCUACUUGUCAUUUUCUUCUUUUUAUUUACUGCUUUUCCCCUUGUUUUCCAGACUUAAUUUUUUUUCAAUUUUCUUCCUUUCUAAAAAAUCCUUUUUUUAUUAUUAAGGUUGUCUUUUACAUAAAAAAAACUUUUUUUUCUAAAUAACUGCCAAUUUUUCCCCUCAAAAAAUAAUUUUAACAACCUCGAAAGGAACACAGAAACAUUGAUUUUGCAAGAAGAGGAAACGAAAAAAAAUUUUUUUCUAAGGCAAUCCACGCGUCUCACAAGAUUUCUUUUAUUGCCAAAUUGCUUUGAAAGCGUGAGAAAAUGAAAAACAAAUGCUUG